CCCUACACUCCUCUGCUUCUGUUCGCAGACCGCCAAAAUCCAUCUUGGUGCCUCUCACACACUGCGAGUAUAUAUAUGGAAACCAAAUUCAAAGACAUCCUCUCCUUCUAUCCCGCAAGGUUUUCUGCUUUUAGCGGGAAAACGCAGACGUAGAGUGCAAAGGACAUUUCUCUUUUCUACUGAUAAACUAGGUUCUAAUGGUAACUAUUGUUGAUCAAGAUCAGCAAUGGCUGCUCAACUGCUUGAAUGCAACACUGGAUACGAAUCAAGAUGUCCGGUCAUUUGCUGAAACAUCACUGACUCAGGCUUCAUUGCAACCAGGUUUUGGAGCUGCUUUAUGCAAGGUUGCUGUAAACAAAGAACUACCAUUGGGAUUGCGUCAGCUAGCAGCAGUCAUUCUAAAGCAAUUUAUAAAAAAGCACUGGCAGGAAGAUGAUGAGGCUUUUGAACAUCCUGUUGUUUCAAGUGAUGAAAAGGCAGUUGUACGUCAACUACUUCUUUUUUCGUUGGAUGAUCCUCAUGGAAAAAUCUGCACAGCGGUUGGAAUGGCUGUUGCAUCCAUUGCACAUUACGAUUGGCCAGAGGAGUGGCCAGACUUAUUGCCUUUCCUUUUAAAGCUGAUUGGUGACCCAACCAACAUGAAUGGAGUUCGUGGAGGUCUAAGAUGCUUGGCUCUUCUCUCUGGUGAUUUGGAUGAUACAGUGGUGCCAAAGUUGGUUCCUGUUUUGUUCCCUUGUUUGCAUACAGUCGUAUCAUCUCCCCAGAUCUAUGACAAACUUUUGCGUGCAAAGGCCCUUUCAAUAGUUUACUCAUGCACUUCCAUUCUCGGGGCAAUGAGUGGUGUAUAUAAGGCAGAAACUAGUGAUUUGAUGCUACCAAUGCUCAAAUCAUGGAUAGACCAGUUCUCCAUAAUUUUGCAAUCUCCAGUGAGGUUUGAGGAUCCUGAUGAUUGGAGCAUCAGGAUGGAGGUUUUGAAAUGCUUGAAUCAGUUUGUGCAGAGUUUCCCAAGCCUUACAGAAGCAGAGUUUUCUGUUAUUGUGUCACCUUUGUGGAAAACGUAUGUAUCAUCUUUAAAAGUGUACGAAGCAUCAUCAGUUCAAGGUACAGAUGAUCCUUAUCUGGAAAUUUAUGACUCGGAUGGUGCAGAAAAAGGCCUUGAGUGCUUUGUCAUCCAGUUGUUUGAAUUUUUAUUGACCAUUGUGGGCAGCUCCAAAUUGGUAAAGGUCAUAGCGAGAAAUGCCAAAGAGUUGGUGUACUAUGCUGUUGCUUUUCUGCAAAUGACAGAACGACAGGUACAUACAUGGUCAUUGGAUGCUAACCAGUAUGUUGCUGAUGAGGAUGAAAUUACUUACAGUUGCCGUGUUUCAGGAACCCUCCUACUGGAAGAGUUGAUCAGUUCUUGUGGGGAAGAUGGUAUCAAUGCUAUUGUUGAAGCUGCUAAGGAACGGUUUAAUGAGUCUCAGCAAGAAAAAGCUACUGGUUCUACAGGCUGGUGGAGAAUACGGGAGGCCACCAUUUAUACUUUGGCUUCUCUGUCAGAGCAAUUGCUUGAAGCACAGGAUUCAGGAUCAACUGGGUUCAUCGGGAAUCUAAUAGAGCAAAUGCUCACUGAAGACAUCGGAACAGGGGUACAUGAAUAUCCCUUUCUUCAUGCAAGGGCAUUUUCAGCAGUUGCAAAGUUCUCCUCUGUGAUGAGCCAGGGAAUUCUGGAGCAGUUUUUAUAUGCAGCAAUUAACGUGAUAAGUUUAGAUAUUCCACCACCAGUUAAAGUAGGUGCUUGCCGGGCCCUUUCUCAGCUCCUACCAGAAGCUAACAAAGGCGUUCUUCAGUCUCAUAUGAUGGGCUUAUUUUCAUCUCUAACAGAUCUUCUUAAGCAAGCAUCUGAUGAGACACUACACCUGGUACUAGAAACACUCCAAUCUGCAGUUAAGGCAGGUGCCCAUAAAGAAGAUGAAGAAUUGCUCAUAUCCCGUUUCAAACUGGGGCUAAGGUAUGAUAUUCGUGAGAAGCUUGGUGUGAUCGAGAUACCCUCCUUAAGCAUUUGUUUUAACAAAUCACUAGAAGCAGAGGAUCUGAUUAAAACAACAUUCAAAAGGUACAUCCAGCCAACUGACAACAAAAAGCCUUAUGUACCAACCAAACCCACUGGAUUUCCUACCCGAGCUCCACAAGAUACACAGGAUAAGGGGAAGGCUCCAAUGGGAAGGGAGAGUGGAUCUGUGACAUGCUACAAUUGUGGAAAGAUUGGACACACGGAUGACGAUUGGACUGUUAAUGUUGCAGUUGAAGGAGAGGAGGAUGAACUGGAAGAUGAGCUUACACCAGAGAAUGAUGAUCCUCAUGCUUAUGUCAAUGUGGUUACAAGAAUCCUAGUGUCUGAAACUAUGGGUGAAGACUGGAGGAGGCACAAUAUCUUCUACACCUUAAUGUCUAGUGGACCUCACAAAGCUCAAGCCCAUAUUAGUGUGGAAGCCGAUGAGUUCCUUAGACACAUCACGGUGGUACAUGCUGAUGUUCGUUGUUGCAUCGCUGUUAGCAAUGACGGAUACCAAGCAACUUCCAAUCGACAUUGUCGCUACGUGAAAUUUCAGCUUAGUGAUUUGGUAAUGGUUCGAAUUCCACCUGAGAGGUUUUCUCCUGAGCUACCUCCUACUCUGAAGAUCAACAAUGUCUUCAAUGUAGCUGAUCUGACGAUAUAUUUGGGACACCAUUCUGAUGACGGUGACACUGAACACACCCUCAAACUUCCUCAAUUUGCAAACCCUAAAGAUGAUGUCAUCGAAGAUGUUCUCGACAACAAGUUCACCACAGUUCGUGGGGAAACUUCCAUUAUGCUCUUAUUCAUCCUGAGGUUCUGGAUGCUUAAUUUUGACCAAUCUAAAUGCAGGCUUCUGGACCCUGUUCUGGAAAGCUCUGGAUCGCUUUUUGUUGGGAGCUACAUUCUGCAGCUUAUGUUGCAUCUGCCAUCACAAAUGGCACCGCAUAUUCGAGACCUUGUCGCUGCUAUCGUAAGGCGCAUGCAAUCUUGUCAAAUAGCAGGCUUGAAAAGCUCAUUACUCCUUAUUUUUGCUAGACUGGUCCAUAUGAGUGCACCAAAUGUUGAACAGUUCAUUGAUUUAUUGAUCACAUUGCCCAUUAAUGGCCAUGAGAACCCCCUGGCAUAUGUGAUGUCUGAAUGGACUAAGCAGCAAGGUGAAAUUCAAGGGGCCUACCAAAUUAAAGUUACGACAACUGCUUUAGCCCUAUUGCUGUCCACAAGGCAUGCUGAACUGGCAAAAAUCUAUGUCCAGGGACAUCUGGUUAAGACUGCUGCUGGAAUAACCACUCGCUCAAAAGCUAAAGUAGCUCCAGAUCAAUGGACUGUGAUGCCACUCCCUGCAAAGAUCCUGGCAUUGUUAGCUGACGUGCUAAUUGAGAUUCAAGAGCAAGUUUUGGCUGACAAUGAUGAGGAUAGUGACUGGGAAGAAAUUCAGGACAGGGAAGAAGAUAACCAGCAUUUCCUAUAUUCAACUAGUGCAUCAUCCUACAGCAGACCUACAGCUGAACAUCUUGACGCAAUGGCGAAAGUAUUUAACGAGGACCAGGAUGAAAAUAACGAAGAUGACCUUCUAAGUGGAGCUGACCCUCUUAAUGAGAUUAACCUGGCGAAUUACAUCAUCGAUUUCUUUGUGAAGUUUUCUACGACUGACAGAACAUUGUUUGAUCAGCUUUGCCAGAGUCUAACACAGGCUCAACAAAAUGCUGUGCAGAAGAUUCUAAACUGUUAAAGAGUGUUCAAAAUUGUACAUAAUGAGUUUGGAUGGCUGUAACUAAUAGCAUAUUUAUUUUUUUAUUUUUUCAACCAUUUUAUAUUUGUAAUUCCAAAACCAAGCCUUUAAUUAGUGAUGGCUGUUUUGUGGAUUUGUAAACUAUAAUUCUUUGCCCAUUAAAUUCUGGUUUUGGAGUCUGUUUUUUGA